ACGCUUCAUACCAUGGAGAGAAACCCAAUAGUAGAAUGCGUUUAAUUGACGUAGAUUUAAUCAGCAUGGAAAUGGAAAUGGAGAAGCAUGUGGCAAAAAGCUCAGCGCAGAAAAGUUUAGCGUUGGAUCCAAAGAAGCAGAAAGAAUUUAAAAAGAAACUAAAGAAGAUUAACUCAAAGGUCACUCCAGGCAAAGAGAAGACAUCAGGAGUUGUCUAUCUUGGACACCUUCCCCAUGGAUUUUAUGAGAACCAAAUAAAGAAAUAUAUGUCCCAGUUUGGGAAAGUGAAAGCAGUAAAAGUUUCACGUAGCAAUAAGACAGGGAAAAGUAAAGGCUACGCCUUUGUGGAGUUUCAAUCUGACGAUGUGGCAAAAAUUGUGGCAGAUACAAUGAACAAUUACUUGGUGUUUGAAAGACUUAUCAAAUGCCAGUAUAUGUCAUCGUCUAAACUUCAUCCAACAACAUUAGGAAGAAAGAGUGGGGUUUUUAAGCCACCUAAGUCACAUGCCAUUGCACGUGACAGACAUAACAACAAGAAAAGGGAGAUCAAGCAAGAGAGGACCAUCAAGAGGUUAAUGAAGAACCACAAAAAGAAAAGUGAUCUCCUGAAAACGUUAGGAAUAGACUUGCAAAUGGAAGGUCUUGAGAAAGUUUUGGAAACAGGGAAGCAAAUUCUAAUGGAGAAAGAAAAGGAGAAAGCAGCUGAUAAAAUUUCAGAACCAGUCAAAGUAGCUUCUUUAAAGACACCCUUGAAAGAGAAGGCAAAAACACCCAAAUCUGGCCAAAAAUCAAAAACACCUAAGGUGCAGACCCCAGCAACAGAUCGUACUCCUAAAGCAACACCAACUGCAACAACCAAGACAACACCAGCAACAUCAAAAGAAUUGAUUACCCCUAAACAUAAAGUAACUCCCACGCCACAGAAGAAAACGAAAAAGACUCCAGGUCCUGGGAUAUCCCCUAAGACAACACCACCAACAUCAAAAGAAUUGAUUACCCCUAAACAUAAAGUAACUCCCAUGCCACAGAAGAAGAAGAAAAAUACUCCAGAUCCUGGGAUUUCCCCCAAGAAUAGCAGUAUGGAGAUCUUAAUGGAAGAUAGUGAGGAGGAGGAGAUUUUAUUUAAAACUCCUCCAAACACCAUGCGAUCAUCUGCAACACCAAGUUUAUCCGCUUCAGCCAAGAAAAAACGUGCUAAGGCAGGUAAAGAAAACACUGACAUCCAGACUCCUGUCAGAGACAUCAAAGAGCCACAAAGCAAGAAGAAAAAGAGAAAUCUGAAAGUAUGAAAUCAAUAAGUACUAUGACAGAUAAAAAUGACAAGGGGGGGGGGGGGUAAAUCUGUGUCAUAUUUGAUUAAACACUUUAACAUGGAGAUUUACUUGUCAUUGUAUUGUCUCAGUGACCUUGAAAUAAAAGACACCAUAGAAUCUUCCA